GUAUUAUAAUCCCUAAUUCCAACUCCACCGAUUCUGUCACAUGACGGUCAGUGGCGCGAGUGCGCGUUCCCAUUGUGAUUUCGCCAAUGCUAAACUAACCAGUUAGCUAGCAGCUAAUGUGCGACGUUAGUGCUGACUAGUUUCUAUGGAGUGAAGAUGGCUCCUUUUCCCGACGAGGUGGAUGUUUUUACUGGCCCACAUUGGCGAAUGAAACAGUUGGUAGGACUCUACUGCGAGAAGCUGUCACAGACCAACUUCUCCAACAACAAUGACUUCCGCACAUUUCUUCAGUCACUGUGUGCCACCUUCAAGGAGUUCAAGAUGCAUGAACAGAUUGAGAACGAGUAUAUCAUCGGCCUGUUGCAACAGCGCAGCUGCACUGUGUAUAAUGUGCACUCCGAUAACAAGCUCUCAGAGAUGUUGUCCCUGUUUGAGAAAGGGCUGAGAAGCGUUAAGAGCGAGUAUGAGCAGCUGAACUAUGCCCAGCAACUGAAAGAGCGACUGGAGGCAUUCACACAGGACUUCUUACCCCACAUGAAGGAGGAGGAAGAGGUGUUCCAGCCCAUGCUGAUGCAGUACUUCACCUAUGAGGAGCUUAAAGACCUCAAGAAGCAGGUGAUAGCACAGCACUGUAGCCAGCAGCGAUGGGACUGUGCAGCGGAAGUGCUGAAGGGGCUCAGUCUGUGGAGUCAGGCAGAGGAGCUGCACAAGGCCUUCAAGUAUGCUGACCAUGAGAAGACUGACGCCUCAGAACUAGAGAAAGAGCUGUGCUCCACCCACAUCUCCCAGCUACCUACAGAGAUCCUGCUGCAUCUGUUCUGCUACCUGGGUCCUGAGGACCUUUGUCACUGUGGCCAGGUGUCCUCAGCCUGGUCCGACCUGGCCAAGACCGGCUCUCUGUGGAGGCACCUUUACCCUGUACGCUGGGCCAGAGGGGAUCACUAUCGUGGCCCCCCAGCUGAUCUGACCCAGGAACCGGAUGAGGAGUGGGUGAAGAGUCUGCAGGAUGAGGGCAAGGCCUACCAGGAGUGGGAUGAGGAUGCAGAUGUCGAUGAGUCUGAUGAGACUUGUGAAGACUCCUUGGCUAUAAGCGCAGCUCAGAGGGAGAAGAAGCUACUGAAUAAAAUUAUUCAGAACCUUCUGCCAGCUGUGGGUUCCUCUGUCAGGUCCAUCGUUCUGGCCUACAGCUCUACGGUCUCCAGUAAGAUGGUGCGUCAGAUCCUUAGUCUCUGUCCUAAUAUCACCCACCUGGACCUCACUCAGACUGAUGUCACAGACUCCGCCUUUGACAGUUGGUCAUCUCUGGGGGCGUGUCUGUCUCUUGAGCACCUGGACCUAUCCGGCUGUGAGAAGAUCACUGACCACACCCUGAAGAAGCUGUCAAUGGGUCUGGGGUACCUGCCAUCUCUCACCUGCUCUCAGAAACGAUCCGACCGGCAAGCCAAGCUUCUGAAGAGCCCUCCCAUCAGUCUGCUGGACGAGCGGAGCCUCCGUCCGAUGGGGCGCAACCAGCAGGCCCUGAUCUUCAAACAGCGGACUGGGAGACGGUGCAACAGCCCCUCCAGGGUCUGGGUCCUGGACCCCUCGGAGCUGGCUGACAUCGAGGAUGCAGCAGAGUGGAACCGCCGCGGGGGAGUGUCUACCCCUGAGGGGCAAGGUUUUGUGGCGAUGAAGCCAGGUGGAGGUUCGUGUUGCUGCAGGAGGAGUAGGAGGCGGGGCCUCAGGACAAGCUUUAGCACCUCCUACUGGCAGAAGCAGUAUGGGCUAGGGGAGGUCUGCUGUGGCCAUUCAACCUGCUGCACUGGUGAGACGGCCCUGAGGGCUUUAGGAGGGCUGCAGUCUGAGUCUUACAUCACCAGGGGCAGUGCAGGGGCAGAGUUUUGGACAAAAUGCUCCUCUGGGGGCCAGCGGUGCCUGAAGCUUUACAACAGAACUGAUCAGUCAGACACUCGGCGCUCGCUUAGGUUCCUCAGCCUCUCUGGAUGCUAUCAGGUUACAGACCUGGGCUUGAGAGCGCUGUCUCAGCGUGGCAGUCUUCCUUUCCUGGAGCAUCUGAACCUGUCUGGAUGUCUCCUCAUCACUGAGGUGGGGCUACAGGAACUGGUGUCAGCCUGUCCUGCCCUCAAUGAUGAACACUUCUACUACUGCGACAACAUCAACGGUCCCCAUGCUGAUACGGCCAGCGGCUGCCAGAACCUGCAGUGUGGCUUCAGGGCGUGCUGCCGCUCUGGAGAGUGACUUUUGACCUAACCUUACUCUAUGAAUGCCCCCCCCACAUCUGCACUUUAAUCCUCACCUGGGAAUAUGCCAUUCGUUGUACUUUGUCACUUCAGAUAGUUUCUACGUGAAAAUUUAAAGUAAAAAGUUGAUUCCUGACAUUUCCAUUUUUAUCUGUAUUUCUUAUAAACACUCAUUUAGAAAAUAAAAUAUAUGGGUGUUGGAUAAAGUAUCUGCAAAUGUAAA